CAUGUGAAUAUAAAUAUUUCCAGGUGUGUGUAAGUGACGGCACAAGUAAAGCAGGCAGCACCAGCAGAGGAAGGCAGUGAGAAACACAGUGAAUACAAUUAGACACUGAGACGCAGAACAACACACAGGAUGCCGGGGGAAACAUCCAACAACCGGGUCGGUCGCUAUCCGAACGUUACGCUGUGGCACGAGGAACCAGAGAAGGAGGAGGAUCCGGUGCCUGAGAAUAACACUGAGAAAAAGGAAGGUCUGUGUCGAUGGUGGUUUCGCUAUAUAUGUCCGUGCUGCGUACAACCAGCCAAGAAGGAAUCUGUGGAGCUCACUGGCAUGCCAAACAAUCCUGGAGGAACUCAGCCAGAGGAACCUCCUAAGAUAGAUGAAAAUCUGUUAUCAGUCUGCUCCAUAGACCUCAUCAAAUCCAAAAAAGGUGAAAACCGAGUGAAUCAUCACACGGAGCGUUACCAUAGCGACAACCUCAUCGUCCGCAGAGGGCAGACGUUUCAGAUGUGGAUUGAGCUUUCACGACCUUUCAACCCCAAAACUGACAAACUGCACCUCGAGCUCAAACUCGGUUCUAACCCAUUGGUAUCAAAGGGCACCCUAGUGAUCGUUCCUCUAGUUGACGAUUUGCAGGGCGAUUGCUGGGAAGCCAAGAUGGUCGAGAAGAAAGGCAACAAAAUCAACCUGUCCGUCAAGUCCCUCCCCACUGCUCCUAUUGGUCAAUACAAGCUCACUGUUGUAACACAGACGCCUGAUGGGAAAAGCACCUCAGUGUAUAAACCUGAGAACGACAUCUACAUGCUUUUUAACCCCUGGUGUGAAGAUGACUCAGUGUAUAUGGAUGAUGAGGAGGAGAGGAAAGAGUACGUUCUGAACGAUGUGGGGAGGAUCUACUACGGUACAGCAUCUCAGAUUGGAGAAAGAACCUGGAACUUUGGACAGUUUUCUGAUGGAGUUCUGGCAGCGUGUAUGUUUGUACUAGAGAAGAGUCGAACCCCUGCGUCCGGGUGGGGAGACCCUGUUACCGUCAGCAGACUGGUGUCAGCGAUGAUCAAUACUCCUGAUGACCAAGGCGUCCUGGAAGGCAACUGGUCCGGGAACUACGCAGACGGGACGUCUCCGACGGUGUGGAGCGGCAGUGUCGACAUCCUGAAGCAGUACCACAGCAGCGGAGGCUUGCCUGUCAAAUACGGCCAGUGCUGGGUCUUCUCAGGUGUCACCACUACAGUUCUCAGGUGUUUCGGAAUCCCAACGCGCAGCGUCACAAACUUCGACUCUGCCCACGACACUGACGUCUCCCUGACCAAUGACGUGUAUCUGGACGAGAACAUGGAGCCCAUUUUAGAACUCAGCAGUGAUUCUGUCUGGAAUUUUCACGUCUGGAACGAAUGCUGGAUGGCACGAGCCGAUCUGCCAGUCGGUAUGGGAGGUUGGCAGGUGGUGGAUUCCACGCCUCAAGAGACGAGUCAGGGCUUGUACUGCUGUGGCCCCAGUUCGGUGGCAGCUAUCCGUGAUGGACAUGUCUACCUUAAAUUUGACGCACCUUUCGUCUUCGCCGAGGUCAACAGUGAUAAGAUCUACUGGCAGAGAAACCCUGAUGGCACCUUCUCACAGAUCUACUGCGAGAAGAAUGCGGUGGGUCACUACAUCAGCACCAAAGCAGUGGGAUCUGACAGGAGAGAAGAUAUUACUCACCUCUACAAACACCCAGAAGGCUCUGAGCAGGAGCGAAUCUCAGUGGAAACUGCCACCCGCUACGGGUCAAAGCCUAACAUCUACCCUGCUUCUGUGGAAAAAGACGUGACAUUAGAGAUCACAAUGAAAGGAGAAGGGCCUCGAAUGGGAGAAGACGCACAGCUUUAUAUCAACAUAAAGAACUGCAGCUCAGCCAAACGCAGUACCAUCCUCCACAGCCAAGUGGCAGUCAUGUACUACACUGGUGUGCAAAAGGCUAUGAUGAAAAAAGAUGAUACAGAGGUGGAGCUCAAACCCAAUGAAGUCCAGACCCUGGAAUGGACCCUUCCAUACAACCUGUACAAGAAUGAGCUGGUGGACCAGGCGGCUCUGAUGCUCACCAUAUCUGGACGAGUCAGUGAGACCAACCAGGUUCUGGUCACCCAGUUCAACUUCCGCCUGCGUACACCUGACAUCAUCAUCACCCCUGUAGGGGAUGCUGUAGUUGGUAAAGAGCUGUCAGCUAAUCUCACCUUUAAAAACCCGCUACCACAAGUCCUGAAAAAGGUGAAGUUCAGGAUCGAAGGCUUGGGCUUGCAGAACAUCAGGGAGAUCUCCUACGGUGAUGUGGACAGACUGGCGACCGUCACCCUGACGGAGACGUUUAUCCCUACCUUGGCCGGUCAGAGGAAGCUUCUCGCCGCUCUGGACUGUCAGCAGCUCACGCAGGUUCACGGCGUUGCCGACAUCUUGGUUAGGGAGAAGUGAAAACGGACACGGAUGCAAACCCCCAUGAAUUCACCUCAAAGAAAACGGCGACAGAAAGGACAGAACGUAGAAGCUUCAAAGCUUUGAGGACAUUUGUUAAAAUAUCAUUCAAACAAGGGAACGAUUUCACUUAGUGCAGAAUGAGGCUGAAUGAAGCUCUUGAAACUCGGGGGGGGGGGGGAAACUAGAACAUGGCUGAUUUUUUUCAUACAGGGUUUCAAGAAGUCUCCUGUUUCUUUCUUUUUUUUUCUUUUUUUUUUUUUACAGAAUAUUUGUCUUUAUAUAACAGCUCACAGCUAGAAAUAUUUUUUUUACAAUUUAAAGGGCAUUCUUAUAUUUUCCCUGGUGAGGGUUUCAUCCGAGGCCCAAAGCGACCGCUUACUCACCAGCUUGUUGCUAGCGGUAACUGUGUCUGCGAAUCACGGCCGUGUUUGGACGAUGACCCCUAACCCUACUAUGUGAUUUGUUUAUUUACAGACUCUUCAUGACGUGAUCUUUAUAUCGGUGGCUCGAGAUGUCACUGUAACGUCCGAUUUAAUCUUCCUGCUUAAAAUAGCAUGGAUUUCCGUGCUGCUUAACAGUAUUCAAGACUAAAAGGCCACACCGGUAUUUUCUUGAGGCACCGUGUUUGAAAUUCUGGGCCAAUGUGAUAUUUUUUCUUUAUUAUACACUUGCUGUUGUUUAUAAUGUUUAUUUAUACAGUUGUACUUUUUAUUUAACUUAUUGUUCUUUAAUAUAUUUUAUAAGUUGAGUAGACGGAAACGGACGAUUCACACAAAUGGAGGUUUAGUUGAUGUAUUAUGCAGUGUGUAGAUUUAAAAGCUGUACCUUAUUUGCAUUAUAAUCACUUUUAUACACCGAAAAUCCAGUAAAAUCCGUCUGAACAUUUGACAGACGUUUGUGUUUGACACCGAAUUUCAUUCAUCAUUCACUUGUUGAUUCAUGAAGAAUGGAUAUAUUUUUUUUGUUGCUUUACUGAGAUUAAAUACUAAACUGGAGUCAGUACGUAUUUGCAUAUUGGGUCACGCACGCACACACACACACACACACACACACAUACACAAACA